AUGAGUGAUCCGUCGUCUGCUAACUCACAUGUGGGAGAGGAUGAAGGUGGUGUUGGAGAUAAUAACAAGGGUUCUCCCUUGUGGCAAUAUGUAACAAUUAUCAGUGAAGCUAAGAAGGGACAAGGUGGGAAUUGUGAGUGGAAGUGUAGUUUUUGUGGGAUAAAGUUUCAUGGGUCACAUUAUAGAGUGAAACAACAUCUUCUUAAGAUAAGUGACAAAGGGAUUAGAAUAUGUCAAAAGAUCGGUGAUGCUAAGCAUAUGGAGCUUACUACUUUGAUGGAAUCACAUGAGUUAAACACUUCUAAGAAGAGGAAGGGAGUGAGUGGACCGCUUGAAAAAGCAUUCAAUAAUGGUGUUAGAGAGCAAUUAGAUGGUGAAAUAGCAAGGAUGUUUUAUACCGGUGGCUUGUCUUUUAAUCUCGCCAAGAAUCCUCACUACAUCCGUGCAUUCAAUCGGGCAUGUGCUUGUCCAAUUGCCGGUUACCGUCCACCUGGUUACAAUGCAUUGCGGACAACUCUUCUACAGAAAGAAAGAAACCACAUUGAGAGGUUGUUAGAACCAAUUAAGCUCACAUGGAAGGCAAAGGGGGUUAGUGUGUGUAGUGAUGGGUGGUCUGACACUCAAAGAAGACCACUUAUUAAUGUCAUGGCAGCUUGUGAGAGUGGACCUAUGUUCUUGAGGGCUGAAAAUUGUGAAGGAGAAUCCAAAGACAAACACUUCAUUUCAGACUUGCUCAUUGAUACUAUCUUGGAGAUCGGUCCACAACAUGUAGUCCAGGUAAUUACUGAUAAUGCAAGCAAUUGUAAGGCUGCAAGAGCUAUUAUUAAUGUUAGAUUCCCACAUAUACUUUGGACUCCAUGUGUAGUGCAUACACUUAACCUUGCUUUAAAGAACAUAUGCACACCUAGCUCAAUUGUGUCUAAUAGGACAGCUUAUGAUGAAUGUAAUUGGAUUAGUCAAAUUGUCGAUGAUGUGUAUUUUGUAAAGAAUUUCAUCAUGAACCAUGGUAUGAGGUUGGCUAUGUUCAAUCAACAUUCUCCAUUGAAGAUGUUAUCGAUUGCCGAGACACGUUUUGCAUCCGUUGUUGUAAUGCUUAAGAGGUUUAAAAAGAUUAAGCAAAAUCUACAACGCAUGGUGAUUAGUGAUGAAUGA